UAGUAUCUAGUAUCCGCGAACACACGAGGGAGACGGAGGCGUGAUCAGCUGUUUUGUGUUGUUCCCCGUCGUCUGCUGCCGCUGUGUUCAUAUAGAGCACUCCUUUGAACACUGAACACUCCUGUGAGCCCCGAGCACUCCUGUGAGCCCUGAACACUCCUGUGAGCCCUGUACACCCCUGUGAGCCCUGUACACCCCUGUGAGCCCUGAACACUGGUCGCCCCACCUAUGGGAAGUCGUCGCUGUGUAAUCCAGAUAUCAGGAGCUGCAGUUGUGUUGGCUAGGGUUGUGGACGGGUGUUAGUGGACACUGGAGGUGCAGCGACGUUGGAGGUCGUCAGGGGCGACAUGCUGAUCACUCCUCACCCACCACCAGGCAAAAUUGAAUGACCUGAUAAUGAAAAUUGUCAUUCAACUAUAAAAUUGGGCCCUCUGUCAGUGCAAAGUAAAGCAUAUAUUAUGGCAGGACUUGAUGACUACCAGUUUUUCUCAAACCUACGUGAGAGAGAUACUCCAUUCUGGCAGAAGACAUACGAAGAUAAAGAAAGACCAAUGGAUACACCAGACUAUUACCGGCGCCCCACUGAGUUCCCUCAAAAUCUACUGAACCCUGCACAUGGUUCCCCUCAAACUGCCAAGCCAGCUGUGCCAAAAACCCCUGAUCUGGAUGCAUACAGAGAUAUUCAAAUGGAGAAGUACGGGGAAUUAUCAAUCAACAUAGUCAGCCUGUGUGCCGAAAAUUUACUUAGCCAUCCCUUUAUUGUGGUUAGAAGACAGUGCCAGGUGAAUGUAAAUAGUCAGCGUUACCAUGUCCUGCCAAUAACACUUGUGCCAGCUGUGAUACAUAUGCAAGGAUGUCAAGGUUUCUCUGCGUUUUGGAAAGGUCUGGGGUCAAUACUUACAGUCCGAGGCGUCACCAUGGCUCUAGAAGACUUCAUUUCAAAAUUUACACCAUGGCCCAAAGAGAUCUCGCCUCAUAGCUCUCCAAAGACCAUAGGGCAACAUUUGCUUUUAAAGUGCUCUGCCUUGGCUCUCAUCACUCCAUUUUAUAGUGCCAGCCUUGUAGAAACUGUUCAAAGUGAAAUAGCCAGUGAAAAACCAGGUGUUCUAGAUGUGUUUAAGGAAGGACUAACACGCCUUCUGUCGUUCACUCAGCCACAGACAGGACGCAUGCUUCCAGUCUGGUUACUAAUAGUUCCAACGGUAUCUCAUGGAAUUCUUCAGUACCUUAUUGGUAAUGCUGUAUCAACGAUUACAUCCCAGAUCUUAAGGCGCUACCACAAACAGGAUCAAGAAAAGCAGGUAACUUUGAGUUUCAUAUUCAGUAAUUAUAGAACAGUCAAUUACAGGUUAUAUGUGAUUAUUAUUUAUGUGAACCAAAUUUAUGAUGAAACUGAUGUUGGUAUUGAUACUGAUGCAAGUAGUGAACAUUUAGAAACAGAGACGGCCGAUGAGGAUUUUGAUAGUGAUGAAAGUGAGGACAGUGAGGAGUCUGAGGUCGAGAUUGCCACUCGUGCACGGUGCGGUACUGGAGCUCGUGCUAGAGCCAGACAUACCACACGUACCACACGUACCCCAGCACCAACAGAUUCUGAUGAUGGAUGGUGUAGUGACAAUACUGCACCCUUUGUGGACAAUUUUACAGUCCACAGGCUGCAUAUGCAAGGUACUCGCACAAUUAUUGAUAGUCUAGAUGUUGGGUACGAGGUGAAACCAAUACUCACUCGCUAUGAAGGAUUCUUCGAUUGUCUCAACACCACAGUUCAAGAGGAGGGAUUCUUGGGCCUUUUUAAGGUUGUUCUGAAAUUGUUCGCUUUGGUUAUUAGUUGUAAUCAUAUUGUAGAUAUGUUAUAUCAAACAUUAUCAAUAGAUGAAUUCACAGAACUGGUAAUAGAAGUGCACAGUGCAUCUCUUAUCUCACAGUAUGCACUUUAUGGAGCAGUGUUGAAGUUUGCUCAGGUUAUUAUUCAAGAGGUAACACUUGCACUUGUACCUCCUAAGCCUAAAACCAAGACACAGGACUUGGUUGCUCCACUGACACCCAGUGCCCCUUACACCCCUAUAUCUGCUGUACAUCCUGGAGUUGCUUCUUUAUAUUCAUCCCCACUCAACUCAUCCCAACAUAGUUCACCAAGAUCAGGGCUGUUUGCUGCUCGUGCUCCAGUAGCAGGACCAAGAGGGCCGGCGGUAUAUGUACCACCACGAGACAGGCUCCAAGAGGUUGAUUUAAGAGCGGAAAUUGAGAAGCACAAAAUGAAUCUAAUGCAAGAUGAUUGAUUUUAAUCUGUUAAAAUUUUAAGUUUUUACUGUUAUGUAAAGCUGUUUUAUAUUAAGAUAGUCAUAUUCUUCAUAUUUCUUAAUGUUUAUUGAAUAUGAUAAUCCUUUCAGGAAUAAGGGCCACCCUAGCAGGUGGCAGUAGAACAUGUGUAAUGAUGAGACUAACCCUCGCUAACAUAAUAAAUACAAAAGUCAAGAUAUUGACAGUUGUGUACUGUUUAGUUUCUGUGAGACUACCUGCUACUUGGAUUUUAUAUUGCAUGCAUUACACAGUUUGCUGAUGUUCUUUUCAUUUUUAGUUGAAUAAUACUUAUAUUGUUUUAAAAGGUAUCAGAAAAUGACUUAAGAAUCAUGUCCUGUUUCAGCAACAGCAAGAAUUACUGUUCCAAGUUGAUAGAAAAUAGUUUUUUAUUUACUAUAAUUUAUAGCAAAUAGUUAAAUUUUUUAAAUUUUGUUAGCAAUCAGUUAGACUUUUCAAAUUUUUGGAUGGUAUGUUGUUCUUAUUCUUUAAUGUAAAAUUUGUUUUGACUUUUUUGUUUUCUGCAAGUGUAUUGGCAGCUUUAAAUUUCCUUGUGGAAAUGACCCCAAACAUCUCGAGAUAUUCUCUUGCCAAUAACAUUAGGUAUUAUCUGCACUGUACAUCAUAAUUACCUAAGAAAUUAUUUAAUUUUUGUUUCUGUAAAAUAAUUUUAUAAAUUUCCCAAAAAAACUUUUAUGAAAAGUUUUAUUUAAAAUUAUAUUUUUUCUUGAUAAGCAAAUACAAAAUUAAUUAGA